CAGUAUAAUUGAUCAGACUGGGUGUGAAUGGCUGCUCUCUAGCAGCCAAUGGCUGAGCACCGGAUGCGAGAUAUCCGCUGCAACAACAAGCCCUCUGUUCCCCCCUUCAGCUUGACGCCAUUUACAGCCCAAAUCCCGACCUCCUCUCCGGAAAGAGAAAAAAAAAAAAAAAAAAAAAACACGCACACGCGUAAAAGUCCUUGCAGACCCUCGCGCCACCGUGAAUAAGUCGCAGCGAAUUAAAACUCCUUGAGAGCUGGACUUUUGCCGUCUGUUCGUCCACCGUCUGUUCCUCUGCGUAAAAGGGGCCAUUUUGCAUAACGAGCAGCGGAGUCGGGCGAAGUUUGCGCUGCUGCCGAUGACUGAAGAGUUGAAGCCCGCUUUAAUGCCUCGUGCUCCCGCGCUCGAACGCCACGGGAUUUACGUCUUAGCGCCGCUUCCACAGAAAAUGCGCACCGCUCGGAAACUUUCUCCGUGGAUUUUACCGACGGCUCCCGCGACUGAACGCCACAUGUAGGGGAAUAAACUCUCACUCAAAGUGGAAUUACUUCACCUGAGCGGGGCUCAAGCGUCGAAAGCACGGAUUUCAGAUGUGUCCCAUGUUAGUCAGAGUGGCCCUUAACUCCCGAGAUGGAUUCCAGAAGUCAGAGCGACAGCGAUGGGGGAGGAGGGCGCAGCGGUGGGCCGCCGCCGCCGUCGACCGGACCCGCGGGGCCGCCGCCUGACGAAGGGAGAACGCAAACCCCCGACGGCCCGCCGGAUCCCGGGUUGAACAACGGGCACCUGCCCCACGCGCUGGCCGUGCUGUCUCUCGGCCAGAUCCGGAUAACUGGGAGUAGCAACGAGUACACGGAGGGCCCCACCGUCGCCCGCAGGUCGCCGGCCUCGCAGCACAGGCUGCAGGACAGCGACUCGGUCACGUCCCCUGCCCUGUCGAGGACAAGCGGGCUGGAGGUCGGCGAGGAGCAGCCCGACGACCCCAGCGACCCGCAUGCGGCCACUCGGCACGCCGGCGCACACGUCACGGUGUCGUCCGGUGUGGAGGACUCGCAGAGCAGCAUCAGGACCAGCGUCGGGAGCUCCUCGUCGGGAUACAGGCUCCUCGGCAGCCUGGCGGACGGCGACCGGGCGGUCCGGAGCCAGCCCAAGGGCGCGGAGCUCAGCCUGGAGGAGCUGAAGCCCCUGAGCCCCUCGGAGCCCAGGGCGGUGGCGGCGGUGCCGGGCCGCGGGGACCGCAAGGCCCACGGCAAGCACUCGGACAAGUGCGCGAGCUGCGGCCGCUGCCGCUGCCCGGAGUGCGCGCGGCCGCGGGCGCUUCCGUCCUGCUGGAUGUGCGGCCGGCGGUGCGUGUGCUCGGCGCAGAGCGCGGCGGAGUACGCCACGUGCGUGUGCUGCGUCAAGGGCCUCUUCUACCACUGCUCCAGCGACGACGAGGACACGUGCGCCGACAAGCCCUUCUCGUGCGCGCAGGGCCGCUGCUGCGCCCGCUGGGCCGCCGUCUCGCUGCUCUCGCUGCUCUUCCCGUGCCUCCUGUGCUACCUGCCGGCCAAGGGCUGCGUGGCCGCGUGCCAGAGCGCCUACGACCGCGCCAGCCGCCCCGGCUGCCGGUGCCGGGGCGCCGGCGGCAAGCGGGCGUAGGCGGCGGGGAGGGGGGACCCGGCGCCGACCGGGCUCGGAGGCGCGCCGGCAGAAGCGUUGACUUUUAGUGCUGUCCGUCGUUGACGCGGACAGCGGUUGGAGCCGGUCGUCGGCCUCGCAGUGGGAGUUGACUUGACAGGUAAACCAAAAGAAGUGCUUCACGCGUUUAACAGCAUGACGGCGAAAUGUAAUCAGUUCACACAAGUGCCCAGAUAUUGAUGAGUCCAAAUGGAACACCUCCUUUAAAACGUUUUAACACAACUUAUUCGCUACGACCAGACUCCUGUUACUAACUCCAUGUAACCGUAGCGAAUGAAUAAAGUUUGACUUUUUUUUUUUUUGUACAUAACUGUGAAAGGUUUUUUGCCAAACCAGCGGCGCCUUGAAAAUCCACGUUUAUACGAAAUCGGUAAAUUCACUCAGACGAAUUUUGUACAUUCACUGGAAGGUAUAUCAAUCAUGUUUAUGUAAUUUACAGAGGAGAAAUCUUUACCCUUCUACUUGUAAAUUGUACAGUGACCUUAUAUGAAAAAUCUAUUUUCUAAUUCCAACAUUGCUUAGUGUAAAGUGAAAAAGAUAUUUAUUUGAAGGUUUAUUAUUUUAUGAGAAAUAUUUAUUUUCGGAAAGCAUUGUUAAAUGUGUCACAGCCUUUGAGGCCGUUCUGUGGUCGCUGCAGAUCUGAGGUGACCUGUAGGAGUAUCAAAGCUGGAUGAAUAGUUCACUCUGAAUUAGGCUGCGAAUAUAUUAACGUUUGAAAUUAAACUACCUUAAAAGCUGA